CGACCAAGCGGCUGGCUUACAGAUGAACUUAAAGUCUGUCUAGCAUGUGGUAGCGCAGCGAAAUUUCGGUGGAGUUACAGCUGUCCAAGACUUUAGAUAUUGUGACAGUAUUACUUAAAUAGACUGUAUAUGUAUUAAUUAGUAACAGUUAUGGUUACAAUAAACCCCAUUGCGCACAAACUCUUAAGCUAUGCUCCCUUCAUUCUUGUGUUGAUAGACCUGCGAUACGAAGGAGUGUACUGUGGGAAGAAUGAUGUAGAGAAUCAUCUGGAGAUGGGGAAAAAGCUUCUGGCUGCUGGACAGCUGGCUGACGCCCUGUCCCAUUUCCACGCUGCAGUAGAUGGGGACCCAAAAAACUACAUGGCAUAUUACAGAAGAGCAACUGUUUACCUGGCAAUGGGAAAGUCCAAAUCUGCACUGCCAGAUCUGAGCAAAGUCAUUGAACUCAAACCAGACUUUACAGCAGCAAGACUGCAGAGGGGAAAUCUACUCUUGAAACAAGGGAAGCUGGAUGAAGCUGAAGGAGAUUUCAAGAAAGUGCUGAAAUCCAGCCCCAGCGAUAAAGACGCAGCCGAAGCCAAAGCCCUGCUAAUGAAGUCAGACGAGAUCCAGCGGCUGGUCACUCAGGCACAGAACGACUUCGCGCGGAAGGAUUACAGUUCAGCUGCAGUCCUCCUGGACACAGUCAUCGAGACAUGCGUGUGGGACGUGAGCUCCAGGGAGCUCCGGGCUGAAUGCAUGAUCCAGAUGGGAGAAAUGGGGAAAGCAAUCAGCGACCUGAAAGCCACCUCCAAACUGAAGAACGACAACACUCAGGCCUACUACCAGCUCAGCACCAUCUACUAUCAGCUGGGCGACCAUGAGAUGUCUCUCACUGAGGUGCGUGAAUGUCUGAAGCUGGACCCGGACCACAAGCAGUGCUUCAGCCAGUACAAGCAGGUGAAGAAGCUGAAUAAGCAGAUACUUGCUGCAGAGGAUCUUAUUCAACAGCAGAGGUUUGGAGACGCAAUCAGCAAAUAUGAGUCUGUGAUGAAAACGGAACCACACGUGUCACACUACACAAAGCAGGCCCAGGAACGGAUCUGCCAUUGUUUGUCCCAGGACAAGCAAGCCACUGAAGCUAUUACAGUAUGUAGUGAAGUCCUAAGUUCAGACCCUCAGAAUGUGAAUGCGUUGAAAGACAGAGCUGAGGCCUUCCUGCAAGACGAGCAGUACGAGGAAGCUAUCAGAGACUUUGAGAGUGCCCGGGAGCAUAGCGAGAACGACCAGCAAAUCAAGGAGGGGCUGGAGAGGGCGCAGCGACUUCUCAAGCAGUCCCAGAAAAGGGACUACUAUAAGAUCCUGGGAGUCAAGAGGAAUGCACAGAAGAAGGAGAUUGUUAAGGCCUACAGGAAGCUAGCUCAGCAGUGGCAUCCUGACAACUUCCAGGACCCCGAAGAAAAGAAGAGGGCGGAGAAAAAGUUCAUCGACAUCGCCCAAGCCAAAGAGGUUCUUUCAGACCCUGAGAAGAGGAGUAAGUUUGACCAGGGCGAGGACCCUCUGGACCCAGAAAGUCAGCAGGGCAGGGGACACCAUCACCAUCACCACGGAGGCUGGGAUUCCUUCCAGGGCUUCAACCCCUUCGGCUCCGGACCCUUCAACUUCAAAUUCAACUUCAACUGAGACCCGCAGCACCAAUGGGGCCAACCUGUUCCAGAACCCCUUCCCCAAAGGGCAGCAUUCCAGUGGAAUGGAACAAACGCUUCAUGUUGAUUGCACUCAGGAAUAGACACUGCACACUUCCUCCCUGACCAAGGGGCCAUGUUGAAAAUGUCAGGCCUGUUGUAAAGAGGUGUCCACGCCCAAGAGCAACGGCUCUAGUGGGAGGACUUCCCGCCGGUUCUGACCAUUCUCAUAACAUCUGAAUGAUCUCAUUCUAUACAGAAGGGAGCACGUCAAUUCCAAAACCCAAAAGAAAAAAAAAACUGUAAAUAGAUGCUAUUUUUAUAUGAUGGGAUUCUGAACUGUAAAUAAAAAAUCUAUUUAUGCUUACUUAAUUUAGUGGUCAUUUUCUUGAAUAAAUCUAGAAUCUACAAUUUAAUUUUUUUCUGGUGCUUGGCUAAAGUCCCAUCAUCUGCGAGAUGGUACAUUAUUUUGACAGAAUUUUGGUUGGUAUAAAAAAAUAACAGUGCACCAACUGCUGCAACAGUUGUGAAAUUUCAAAGUCCCCAUGUGUGACGAAUAAAUCUAUUUGUUAAACCUG